AUGGCUGUUGGUUCUACUUUGAGGGCACCUCUUAUCCACCUCUGGGUCCUCCUGUGCUUGCCGUGGGCAUUAGCUAAUUUUCUUUUCGAUGCCACCCUCUGCCUUGUUCCUUGGACACGCCCUUCCCGGAAAUGGUCACUGAACCAGGCUAUCCGCAUGCGCGUAGUGAGACUAUUGCUGUUGUACUGGUCCGUCACGAAGGCUGGAGACCGAUUGCACCUUCGCCAGGGACGAGAGAAGAACCGGUUCGAAGUCAUUGCCCCAAGGCCUCUCGAGUCGUACAAGGGAGCCUUGGCGGAUACUGCCGUCCAGCCUAUGCAAUUGGGUAUGACUUGGACGCCAUCACGACCGCCCCCUGCUUCGCUAGUUGGCCACGAUAUGGUUGUUGUACUGCACUUUCACGGAGGUGGUUUUGUCAUUGGCAAUGGCCGCGACGAGGAUACCGGAUACUUGGCUCAGACUCUCAUACGGCAUAUGGGCUGCACUCAUGUUUGCACGCCGCAGUACCGCCUUUCGAGCGGUAAAAACGGACAAUUUCCUGCGCCGAUUCAGGACGCUCUCACAGCAUACGUCUGCCUGCUUAAAACGAAGGGUAUCCCAGCUAGCCAGAUCAUUCUAUCUGGCGAUUCAGCGGGAGCCAACAUUGUACUCGCACUGGUGCGAUACAUUCACCAACACGGUCAGCGCGAUGAGCUUCUGCUCCCCAAGGCAAUUACCCUUUGGUCACCUUGGGUGGAUGUGGGUGGUGCUCUGGAGCAAGACUUGACGCGGUCUCCCAACUACAAGACGGACUAUCUCAACAGGCAAUUCGGCAAAUGGGGGGCCUCAACCAUCUCCGCACAUGGCGCGAUCGAUCCGUCGAGCCCAUAUCUGUCGCCUUUACGCCAUCCCUUCCAACUCAAGUCAAGCCUUCCUAUGUAUGUGAAUGCGGGAGAAAACGAGGUGCUUUGUGACGAUAUCAAGGAGUUUUGUCAACGCUACAGGAAGCACGGAUGGUUGGUUCACCUGGAUAUUUCCGAGGCAUGCCCCCACGACAUCCUGUUGCUGGGACCUAGGGUUGGUUUUGGCGCCGAGGCAGAGCAGGCGGCAAGGCGUGCCAAAGACUUCCUAUCCAAGAAUGCGGGUGUCAAUCUUGGUGGCUAUAACCGAAAGGGGGCUUUGUGA